AUGUCUGAUAAUUCAGGAAAGCCAGAGGAAAAGGUGGUUCUCGAGCCAUCCAAGGCCGCCGAAGAAGUUCCUACAACAUCAGAAGCAGUCACAGUACCAGGAACAGAGGAAGUCUCUCCAGUAACAGCCGAGGCGACCACUGAGGAGACGCCUGCUGAAGAGAAAAAGGAGGAGAAGCCAGAGCCCAAGGAGAUUACUCACGGGCUUUUGGCGAAGGCCCAUGGGGGGCUUCUGUCAUUUUUCAAACAAAAACGGUUCUUUUACUUCCAGGAUGAGCCUAUUUCUGAGGAUAAGUUGAAAGUUUAUCUUCACAAGGAUGGCUCUUCCCGUUCAACCGCUGCAUAUGCCAGCCAAACCAGCAAGGGACUACUCCUAUAUGCCAAAACGGAAGGACAGAAGGAAGUUCCUCAUGGAAUUAUCAAGUUGGCCGACGUUACCGAAGUUCAGCCAGUUGGCACCACCAAGUUUGUUUUGAAGCUAGCUGCGCAGGAUCUUCAUUUCGAAUCUUCUGCUGCGGAGCGUGACAGCUGGGUAUUCACCUUGAAUCAUAAGAUCAAUGAGGCCAAGGCGGCUUUUGAAGAAAUCACCAAUUCAGAAGGAUAUAAAGCUGCCUUUGAAAAACUUACCAAACCCACAGUUACUGCUGCCGCAAAAGCACCAGAGAAGACGUCUGAAUCUCCUGAAGUGGAGGCCGGGGAAGUUAAAGACUCCGAAGCCAAGGCCGAUAAAGAAGAUGUCACUUCCGGAGCAGAGGAAGAAUCUGGUCCAGCCGAUAGGAAGGCAGAACCUCCUUCCAAGAAGAAUAAGAGAACCUCUGUCUUUGCCUUCCUUGAUAAGAAGAAGAAGCCUGAGGAGAAGAAAGACGAGAUCGCCGAGAGCAAGGAAGAAGAGCAAAAAGAAGAGAUUAAGCCUACUGAACAAGAGCCUGUUGCUGCUCCCGCCGUCACCGAAGAUGCCCCAACAGAAAUCAAAGAAACAGUUGAGGUUGACGAGGCGGAUAAGUCCGUCGAGCCCACCGCCGCUCCUAAGCCCACAAAGAGGAACUCAAUCUUUGGUGCUUUCAUCCGCGAGAAGAAGGAGAAAGAAGUUGAAGAAGAGAAGAAGGAAGACGCUAAGGCUGAGGCCUCUGAACCAGCCGAAGUUAUUGCCACUGAAGCUAAACCACUCGAUGUCCCUGUCGAGGCUGCUACUACAGAGAAGACUACUGAAUCUGCCUCGUCUCCUCCCAAACAAAAAUUUCUCUCUACCUUUUUCGAUAAGAAGGAAAAGAGCCCUGUUGCUAAGACUGCUGAAAAGGAGACCGACACAAAGCCUGCCGAGGCAGCGACAGAGAUCCCCGCUGAGAAUAUUGAUGCGACUCCUAUCGUUGCUGUAGAUGAAUCUGCAGCUCCUGACGCUACCAGCCCGGCUACCAGCCCCAGAGAGCAGAAGCGAAAAUCUAGCUUCUUCUCCUUCAAGAAGGAUAAGAAAUCAGAGGAUGUCAAGUCUGAUUCGGAAGACGCCGAGCCAGCACUCAAGUCAGGCUCAACCUCGCCUCUUCCCAAAGCUGGUGCUGGAUUUUUGGGCUUAAUGCGCAAAGCUAGUAAGUCAACAAAGAGUACCGGUAAGGAGGUUGAGAAUAAGGAGGUUGCCGCUCCGGAGACUGUCACCGAGGAGCCCGCUACCGCUACUACUGGAGAAGCCGGUGAAACAGCAGUGUCCGCCGCAACUGCCGAGCCAACUGCUACCGCCAUUGAAGAUGUUGUUCCGGAGACUGUCACUGUUGGUCAAGCCCCAGUUCAGGCCACCACUUAA